UUUAUUUUUUAAUUAAGAAAGUUAUGGAUGCUGAAAAAAGUGUUCAAGUGAAAGAAAAGCACAAGGGCGAGAGUAAUUUAGAACAUGCAAGAGUUGGCCAAGAUGCGUUUUUCCAUUUCAUAUCACAAAUGGCACAAGAAAUGUCCCCACAAAAGAAUGAAGCUCAAAGCCAACAAAAGCCGAGAAUCAAAAUAAUGGAUCAAAAGAGAAAAUCAAAGCCAAACUAUGAUAGGAAAGCAAAGCACCCGGACUAUGUCCAGUUUCGGUGCAAUGUCAAUGCUUUCAAUAACAUCAUUACAGACGUUAAAGACAAGCUCAAUGAAAGGCAGAAAAAGCUGCUCAAGAAAACGCCUUUCUGGAACUUGAUUGAGUUGUUUUACAACCAAAGAAUUGACAUGAAUAACAUGAAUAAGUCGGACCUCGACUUAGUAAAGCUGCUCAAGAAGUUUGAUCCAGAUACAAAGUCCUUUAAAUUCGGCACCAAAUCAUUCCAGAUCACAGCCAAUGCAGUGACUGAUAUUCUAGGACUGCCAAACGAAGGAAAAUCUGUCAAACUUGGCAAUGAUAGAUAUACUGCUACCUUCAGAACAAGGCACUUUGGAGAAAAGUCAAAACCAUCAAAAUGCGUGGUAGAAAAAGAAUUACAAAAGACAAUUGCAUUGGCAAACCAAUCGAAGAAAGAAAAGGCCAAGGCAAAGCAAAAGAAGAAAACGAACAUAGGAAAGGGAAAAAAAAAAGCUGAAGAACAAGAAGAACAAGAAGAACAAGAAGAAGGGGAAGACAAAGAGGAAAAGGAGGUUGUUGACUACGACAAGGAUGUGGUCAGUCUAAUCUUGAUUAUCCUCUGCAUGACAUUCCUUUUUGCCAACUCUUCAUCCACUUUGCAUUGGAAAAUUGUUGAGCACUGUGUGACUCUAGACACACUUUCAAACUUUUCGUGGGCAAGAGCUGUCUCAACCUAUAUAAAUGACUCUUUAAUCACAAAGGCAAAAGCAAAGAAGGGAGGAAAAGCCUUUAUAGGAGGUGUUUCGGGUUGCACUGUCCUAAUAUUAUUUCUACUGUGUGAGAGGACAAAUAUCAUACAACCAAUCCUUGACAAGGAGAAAGAAACUCCUGCAAUUCUUAAAUGGAGUCUUGUGGAACUCCACACAAGAUUCAACCAAAUAAAGGACUUAAACGACAUAGAGGGUAUUUUCAAAACCCCUACAAAACAAAAAACUCUCAGAGAAGAGGGAGAGCCUGUUGACAAGAGUAUUUUGAAAACAUAUAAAAAGCGAAAAACUACCAGAGAAGAGGGAGACCUUGUUGAUAAGAAAAAAGAAAACAAAGAUGAUAAAGGAGGACAAGGAGAAGCAGAUGAAGUAGCAGCAGAACAAGGAAAACCUGAUGAUGAUGAUCAAACUCCAGAAUUAAAAGAGAUUAGAAAAAAGAAAAGGUUUGAGAUUGCAACUGGAAAAGAACCUGUUGCAAUUCAAGACCUCUUGGUGAAGUCCAUGAUAGCUGAAAUCAACUACCGCCAACAUCAAGAUCCUAGCUUCGUUUGCCCAGAAAGAUUAAAACUGUGGAAGGAUGAAAUAAAUAAAGACAGUGAGAAGAAAAUGAUGGAAUUGUGGGAUAUAUUUAUCCAAACAGAAAAAAGAUCAAACGAACUGGAAAAAGAGUUAGCAACACACAAAGAGAAAUCACAUGAAGAAUGUGUGGCUGCUACUAUGGCAGUGGAAUCUACAAUUCUGCUUCACGAAAUACAAAAUUUGAAAAGGAGGAUUACAAAAUUGGAAGGCAAGGAAUCUCAUAUUGAGCCGGAGACAAGUGCCAAGAAAAUGAAGAACAAGGCAGAAAUUUAAGGCAUGUUCUCGAACCCAACAAUCUUUGAAAUAGAGCGGGAUCUGCUUACAACACAACCAACACAACCAGUUGAAGACAAAGAAGAAAAUAGAGAAGAAGAAAAGAAAGAAGAAAUAAGAAGAGAAGAAACAAAAAGAAAAAGAAGAAGAGAAGAAGCAACAACAAAAGAAAGAAGAGAAGAAGCAAGAUGCUCCAACACUUGAUGUUCCUAAGAAAGCACUAGGAUGAGGGGAAAAGGAAGGUUUGGCAAAAAAUUCCAAAAGAGGACCGGGACAAAAUUCAAGAAUACUACUUAAGUACUCAACCUGGGUAAUAUCCCUUUUCCAAAAGAACAAUUAUUUCAUUUUUGAAUUACAAUUUUUAAUUACAUAAAUUCCACAAUACAUGUUUACAUGGACUUGGGUAAGAAUUAUUUUCAAGACUUGGGUAAGAAUUAUUUUCAAAAUUCAAAAUUGAUUAAACAGACAUUGCACUACAGUUUUUGAAAAAUAUAUAUUAACAAAUUGCAAUUCAAUGCUUGCAUCUUACAUGUAAAACUUUGUAGAGCCAGCUUGGCAUAGGGUCAUGUAUGAACCAUUGUUGGAAAAACUCGGGAAAUGCAAUGUGCUUUUCUUCCCGAUCAUUUCAAGCACCGAGUUCCACUUUACCAUCCUCGCAUUUCACAAACUAGAACAAAAGUGGAGACACUACAAUCCGCUUAAGUCAUUGGGAACAAGAAAACAAGAAAGGUGCAUUGACAUUGCUCAUCAUAUUGUUAAUAUUGUUGAAGAGAAUACAUGAGACCUAAAGCACAAGUGCUCUUAGAAAGUAGAAAAAUACCAAAACUUGUGAAGCAAAGGCAAGAGCCCCCUACACUUGUAACCGAAGAGAUGUCCCCAAAUGAAGAACUUACUCUCAAUUGGAUUCUGCAGAGUCCAUAUCAGUUUCCAUUUGAGGAUGACACAGAAUAUGCUCAACAAAGUUCAUCUUUGUUGGAUUGUGGCAUGUUCGUCAUGUUCUACAUGGAUUAAAUAGCACAAGGACAGUCCAUUCCAAAAAGAGUAGACAAGAAUUUCAUGAAUGAA